GCGCAGGCUGCAGUCACACUCUCCAUCACUUCCUGACCAGCGGCUGAGCGAUGGACCUCGGUGGGUCGAUGGAGGUGGCGGCGCUCGGUCGGCCUUUCUCCCUGGGGAUGCUGUACGACUGUCGCAGAGAUCUACUAGUGCCCGGAAUGACAUUGUGGGACCACGAUGACCUGAAAAAACAUAUUCGAGAAAGACCCCAGAACUCUAAUGAUUUUGAGAUAGUUGCAUCUGACUCAAUUGAGGAUAAAUCUUCAGCACUAAAUGUUGAAGCUUCUCUGAAAGCAAGUUUCUUGGGUGGACUGGUUGAGGUGGGGGGAUCGGCCAAAUACCUUAAUGAUCACAAGACAUCCAAAAAUCAGGCCAGAGUAACACUGAAGUACAAAGCUACCACAAAUGUCCAGGAACUGUCCAUGAACCAUCUCGGAAGAGCCAACAUGAAACAUCCGGAAGUUUUUGACAAAGGAAUAGCAACACAUGUAGUCACAGCUAUUCUUUAUGGAGCACAAGCCUUCUUUGUGUUUGACUGUGAGAUGUCAAAAGGAGAAGAUCAUCAGGACAUUCAAGGCAACUUGAAAGUGGCGAUCAAGAAGCUCCCAUGCAUCUCUAUAGAGGGGGAAGGUUCCCUGAACAUGGAAGACAAAGAGAAGGCAAAUGUUGAGAAGUUUUCUUGCAAAUUCCACGGAGACUUUUCUCUUGAAAAGAAUCCUGUGUCCUUUCAGGAUGCCGUUCAGGUCUAUCAAAGCCUGCCAAAACUACUGGGAUCCAAUGGGGAAAAAGCAGUUCCAGUGAAAGUCUGGCUGUUGCCAUUGACAAGUUUAGAUUCUACUGCUGCUCAACUUGUUCGUCAGAUAAGUGUAGGACUAGUUCAGGAAGCACAGACAGUCCUGGAGGACUUCAGUGAGCUGGAAAUGAGAUGCAACGAUGCCAUGAGAACAACAACAGCACAGCAGUUUCCUCAGAUUGGCAAAAAACUUAAAAGGUUUAAAGAAAUGUGCUCUGUGUUCAAACUAGAAUUCCAACGAACUUUAUCAUUGAAACUUCCAUCUAUACGAGGAGGGGGCGAAGAGGAGGCUGUGCUUGCAGAGAUACUGAUGAAGAGACACUCAUCUCCGUUCAGCAGCAGAAACCUGACUGAGUGGAUGGACUCUAAAGAGAGAGAAAUCUCCUCCUUGAGAUCUUACAUCAACAUAAUGAAAAACAUAAAGACCAUCUCAUCGCAGAAUGGUCUAGAUGAGGAGAUUCUCAGUGCAGAGCAGGUCCUGUGUUUUGUUUUCACCUCAGUGGGAGAAUCUGACUCGUUCCUCUCAGCCUCAUCAAACUAUUCACCAUCAGAACCAACCAAACCAGACGAGCCUCAGCAGCAGUGGUUCACCUCACAAGACAUUGCAAAUGAAAUGAGGAAACAAGCAAAGCUCUUCAGUGAUUAUGCAGAGGCCAACAAGGAGAACAAGAAGAUAAAGUUCCUUAUAGCGGGUUUGACAAAUGAGACACAAAAAGGUUCCAGCAUCUACCUUUAUGAAGACGGCUUCUCCGUAAAUGAGAACUUUGAAUUACCUUCAAAGCCUGAACGUGUGAAAGCAAGUGACAUAAACCACAACAGUGUGACCCUGAAGAUCUCUCCACCCAGAUUUGGAGCCGAGAACAUCACCUCCUACUCUGUUGAGUACUGUGUCCAUGGAGAGGAUGGAUGGCAACAGAAGACGGCGUCAAAGGAUGGAGACGUCACAGUGAGCGACCUGAGUCCUAACACAGAGUACGUGUUCAGAUGCAGAGCUGUCACCUCAGUAGGUGUUGGACCAGUCAACGAGGUCAGUGGAACCAUUAGAACUCUGCCCUGCAGCCCUCCUGGAGAACCUCGAGUUGAACCACACUCAAGUGAGAUAACCGUUAGCUGGCAGAGACCUGCUGAGCUUGGACAAGAUGUCCACGUUCUGAGCUACAUCGUGGAGUACGCCCAAGCAGACAAAGUGAGGAAAGGAGAAAAUCUCCAGUGGAACCAAACAAUGUCAGGAGCUGAAGAGGUGAUCAUAUCAGAGCUUCAGUUAGAGACAGAGUAUGUUGUCAGGGUCAGAUGUGACUGUGGUGGAGCUGGCAGAAGCAAGGAAAGCAUCUCUGUGAACGUCUGCACAAAGAAUGUUAAACCUCUCACAGAAUUCCUCACUCGUACGAGCGUAAGAAUAAGUUCUGAGCCCCUGUCAGUUUACAAACUGUCACUGAAUGAAGAGGAUAUUGAUAUACGAGGCUGCCGGAUGUUUAACUUUGGCAAAACAAGCAUGAAGAGAAAUCGCACCAUGAUUCUUUUUGGAGAGUCUGGAUCAGGAAAGUCCACUUUGAUAAAUGGAAUGAUCAACUACAUUGUAGGUGUAGAGUGGGACGACAAUUUCAGAUUUAAAUUAAUAGUCAAGGAUCAUUCAAGGUCAGAAGCUGAGAGCCAGACCCCUCAAGUCACUGUGUACAAACUGAACCAUCAGGAGGGGUUUAAAAUCUCCUUCUCUCUGACCAUUGUGGAUAUUCCAGAAGAUAUAGAAGACAUAGAAAGACAAAUGUUGAUCGUAGAGCAGCUUCGUAAUCUCUUCUUUGCUGAGGAGGGUGUCAGUGAAAUCGAUGCUGUGUGUUUCGUAGCUCAGGCUUCUUCAGCACGACUCACAUCAACACAGAAAUACGUGUUUGACUCAGUUCUCUCCAUCUUCGGCAAAGACGUGGCAGAAAACAUCCGGGUUCUGGUGACAUUUGCAGACAACCAACGUCCACCAGUUCUGGAGGCGAUCAACGAGGCGGAUGUCCCUUGUCCGAAAACCAAAGAUGGAACACCGGUUCACUUCAAGUUCAAUAACUCAGCGUUGUUUGCCAAAAACAAAUCGUGUGCAGCAGAGAGUGCGAGUGAGGAAGAUGACGAGGGAGACUUCGAUGAGAUGUUUUGGAACAUGGGGAUAAAAUGCAUGAAGAAGUUUUUCACUGCUUUGAAUGUGAUGACGACCAAAAGCUUGACGAUGACAAAGGACGUCCUCAGAAAAAGAAAGCAGCUCGAGGUCUCAGUUCAGAGUUUGAAGAAGCAGGUUAAAAUUGGGUUAAACAAGCUGGAGGAGAUAAAAGAGACGGCUUCAAAACUGAGAGAUCACGAGGCAGAGAUCGACAGAAACAAGGAUUUUGUGAUCGAACGCAAAGUCAUGAAGGCUUAUCAAAAGGACAUUUCUGGUUCUGGAACUUACUUCACAAACUGUCAGCAGUGUCAUUUGACCUGUCAUGAUGAUUGUAUUUAUGCAAAUGAUGCAGAUAAAAUACACUGUCCUGCAAUGGGACCAGAUGGGUACUGUACUCAGUGCCCAGGCAAAUGUCACUGGAGUGUACAUUAUAAUCAGAAAUACAAAUGGGAGUACAAGACAGUCAUAGAAAGCAUAACGGUAAAAUACCUGAAAGAAAAGUACCUGAAAGCCUCCGAGGCUGCGACGCCUGUGAAGGAACUGAUUGACAGACUGAAGGCUGAGUAUGAAGAUGUGCAGGCUGAGGUGGUGAAAGUGAUGGGUGAAUCUACCAAGUGUCUAAACAGACUUAAAGAGAUCGCUCUGAGGCCAAACCCUCUGUCCACUCCAGAGUACAUCGACAUGCUCAUAGAAGGAGAGAAAGCUGAGGCCAAGUCGGGCUGGAAGACCCGAGUCCAGUAUCUGAUAAAGAUGAGGGAACAAGCAGAGAUCAUGGCUAAAGUGGACAGAGGAGAAGAAUUCCUCCAGAGUUCAUCCAGUGACUUCUAGUCUUUUCUUUAAGGUUUUCCUCUGAGGCGACUUCCAAACUUUCAUUUAAACCAAAACCUUCUUUGUCUACAAGUGUUUUGGCUUCAUAUCAUUUUAAUCCCCGUCCAGAUUAACAUGCAUCACCUGACCAUGCACGUACACAUGCAUGUGCCGCUGUAAACAAGAAGCAUUUGUUGUUAGUUGAGGUCAUGUGACAUUAGCCUGACGAAUCAGAGAGUAAAGAACCAAUCAUCAAGAGGUUGUGAGCGUCUACGUUAUCGUUUCCAAACAUCUCAGUUUCUGUUCAGAUGAACACGCAGCACCGGAGUUUCAAACUGAAACGGGACCGAGAGUUUUUCCAAACUUCUCUGUUUUAACGUUUCUGCCUCUUUGCUUCACGAUUCUUCAUCAGAUGGAUGAUUAAUUCAUAAUUUAGCAUUUAUUUUAAUUACAAAUCAAAAUGCAGCUUCCAGUCACAGCAUGACAGCGUGUUGUGUGGGAGUAAUGUUGCUCUGUGUCAAAGUAGAAAGCUGAGAGCUCACAUGACGGACAUGUCAACAAUGUAGUUCACUGGUUGAUGUAGGUCAAAUCAUAUCUGUGUCUUUAUGUGUUUCAUUUCUGAAUUACAUGAUAAAACAAACAGUGUAACAAAUGUCAGUUUGCUUGGUUUGAACCUGUUUUUUACUCACAGAUGGUUUUAUCUUUGCUUGUGUUCUAUAACUUUUUAUGUUUGGAAAACUUGAAGGUGAAGUUUUGUUAUUGUUUUGCAGUUUAUUCAAGUUUCUCUAACAGAAAUAAAUAAGUAAAUAAAUCCAAGUUGAACAACUGA